AUGGCUUGUGGUCCUGCAGAUCUGUCAGUAACCGGAUACGGCGUUGGGGUUGCAAGUAGUAUUUUGGGUUAAUUUUCUCUUCAUAUGUCUAGCAAUAACUUUGUCAGUUGUUAUAAGUUUAUUUGUCUUGGUUAGAUUGGGCGUUUUGUUGUUAUUAUAAGCACAGAAAUGGAGGGGAUGGUUUAAUAACCCACAGCACGGUUCAUUCUCAGUAGCUCCAGCUUCUCCCGGUCUUUACCGGGUCGGUUCAACUUGCGCAGUUUGUCGCUGGACAUGGCAGGCGGGUUGAAAGCGGGGUUCGUCCGGCUCAUGCACCAUUUGCAGGACCCUCAGCACGUCGCGCGCUUCCAACGGCUGUGCGGGGUACGCGGGACCGAACCGCGUGACAGACUUCGUUACGGGGCACCAAAUGCUCGCCACGGGGAUGUUCAGAGCGGAGGCGGGGAUACCGCCCGCCGUAGAACAGCAGGAGCAGAAAGCGACGGGGAGAAAGGCAGUAACGUCUUUGCGAACGGCGCUGCAGGAGAUAACGUCAACGGGCAGGCACGGGAUAAAGAAGCGGUCGAGGCUCAAGGAUCCGCGGUAAAGCCGUUUCGCAGAAACUCUCUCACUGGAGACGUCGGGCAGGAGUUCAUCAUCGAUAAUAAGUUUCUUUUCUACCUGUUCACGCUUGGUACCGAGCUAGGGAACGAGCUGUUCUACAUCUCAUUCUUCCCGUUCUUCAUGUGGAACGUGGACGCGUAUGUGAGCCGCCGGCUCGUCGUGGUCUGGGUGUUGGUCAUGUAUCUCGGCCAGUGCACGAAAGAUGUGAUCCGGUGGCCAAGACCUGCCUCGCCUCCGGUGGUCAAGGUGGAGAUGUUCUACAACUCAGAGUACAGCAUGCCCUCCACGCAUGCCAUGUCCGGUACCGCCAUACCCUUGUGCCUGUUCCUGCUGACCUACAGUCGAUGGGAGUAUCCUCUGCUGCUGGGUCUCUCUCUGGCCAUCAGCUGGUGUGUCCUAGUGUGUUUGAGCCGCAUAUACAUGGGCAUGCACUCCAUACUGGACAUUAUUGCUGGUUUUCUGUACAGUUUGCUGAUCCUGGUGGUCUUCAGUCCUGCUCUGGACAUCAUCGACACCUUUAACUGCACACAUCCCUAUGCCCCGCUCAUCAUCAUCUCCCUUCACGUAGGACUAGGCCUCUUCUCCUUCACCUUGGACACCUGGAGCACCUCACGCGGCGACACUGCCCAAAUCCUGGGCUCUGGGGCGGGUAUUGCCUUGGCAUCCCACAUCAACUACCACCUGGGCCUUUUGCCAGACCCACCUGUAUCAGUGUUGCCUCUUCAGCCCCCAUCUUUCACCCUCAGCCUGAUCGGACUCUGUCUACUCCGCUUUCUCCUCGGUGUCCUCAUUCUCUUGGCUACCAGAGUCGUAAUGAAGGCUCUUGCUAUCCCGCUCGUCUGCUGGCUCUUUGGGAUUCCCAGCAACGACGUUCGGAAGGCCAGGCAGCACAUGGAGGUGGAGCUGCCAUAUCGUUAUAUCGUCUACGGAACAGUGGGGUUAAAUGCGCUUUUCCUUGUGCCUUUCCUGUUUGCACAUGUGGGCCUGUUGUGAUUAGAUGGAAGAAACACCUAUUCUUUCAGCCAAUAAGAGCCCAAUUGGACUGCAGAGGCAACUCCCUUUGAAUCAGUGAUUGGAUGGAACUAAUGCCAAUCAUGUAACACUGUGCUACACCUUCCAGAUGCUCCUCAAAUGCGUUUUUCAUCAUUUAUACUGUAGUUUUAUCAGAUGUUCUGUUCAAAAUACCUGUUUGGUGCUGAUCCAGAGAAUAUUGCCCUUUUCUGUGCAGUUUGCAUGUAUAGUACAGUAGCAUAUCUAUCAGAUUCUAUUCUUAUCUAAAAAUGAAAACUUUUGUAUCCUACAGUGCUUGUUAUAUUUUUCGCAAGCAAUAAAGCAUUUGUGCUAAUUAUCAAACUUUAGAGGAAUUCUGACUAGUCUUUUGACAAGUUUUUUCAUGCCACAGUAGGAGGGACUCCAAUUCUUGCAUCAAGAGUUGACUGAAAUUUCUCUUUUUGAAGGUGUGACUCAUGCAAAUUAGCAUGCAAAAAUCUCUACGAUGAAUUGGCUGGAACUGAUGGCAGCAUUUAUAUUUCUUUUGUUUGCGAGAUUUGAAUCUGAAAUCUCAAAUGUUAAUAGAGCGUUGGGAGCAGCAUUGAUCUUUGUGGUAAUUUUGUUGUAGUUUAUAUUGAUAACUGCUUAUAUUCCCUGUAAGUUGCUGCUUAGAAUAUGUGUGUGUGUGUGUGUGUGUGUGUGUGUGUGUGUGUAAAUAUGUGUGGUGGUGUUGGUUGCAAAGAAAAGCAGCACUAGACUAAUAAAUGCUUUCUCUACUAGCAUUUAGCCAUGUGUUUUCAGUCAGGUUGAAACACGCGUAAAUUUCAGGUUUGUCACUCAGCCUAUGAAUAAUUCUGCCUUGUGUUUGAUGUAUAGUUAAGAUGAACUUGUGGUACUGAUUUAAAUGCACUAUUCCCAGAUUGCAUUGCUCUGCUGCCUGCUGUUGUGCAUGUCGCUGCGAUGAUCUUGUAAUAGGUCAGGCUUAUUGCAUGACACUGCUGUGUCCGUGUUAAUACUCUUCCUGUGGCCUUGUGUGUCUUUGUGCACAUGUAAGUUCCUUUUUUUGCUGAAAGAGAAGGUGGUUUCCCAAAUCCUCACUUCUGUAAACAGGAUUGUUUAGGAUUCUCUGAAUGAUGAGACAACCAGUUGCUCUUCUCAGCUCAGAGCAAUGCUGACCUUUGGCCCUAGAACAAUGCAGAUCUAUGUAAUUAUAAGGUCAGAGGUUAUAUGGAAGAGGCAAAGGUUGAAGGUUAUAUUUAGGACAGAAUGUGAGAAGAAGAUCCUCUUUGGCGAGCAUUGCUUUCUGGACCAAUUGGGCUUGUUCCUUACUGCGUGGUUCCAUAAUAAUUGUGUGUUUGUGGAUGGCAGUAGGUAGAUUGUAGCAUUUUUCUCAGGCCUGUGUUCUAGUAAUCUGUCAUGUGUUUAUGACCAAAUAUGAGUGCUUUCAGUAGUUGUAAAUCCAUUACGUAGGUUAGUUUUCCCCCUUUUCAGUCCUACGCUGAAUCUGCAGAUUUUCAAAAGAUUGGAUUGCAUAUCAUUCAAAAAGCUCAAGACAUGCUGUAGCCCUUUCUUGUUUAUUUAAUAUGUUUUAUAACAAUAUUUUAAUAUAAUUUGAUAACUAUUUAACAACAGAAAAGUAGUACUCCCCGGUCAUUUACCUCAUUUUCCCAUGUCUAAAUGAAAACAAUUCCCCUAUAAUCAGCACCAAAUGAAGAAAAAGGCAGCAGAGUCUGUGUGGUCCUGCUCAUGAUCUAGAUGAAUCUUCUGAGAAGCUGGUCCAGUGGUGGAGUUUAUUUUAAAGUGCUUUAUUUCCUUUGAUUCGGUUUUCUCUGGUUUUACUGAAAAUAACACAGCUUAUUCUGAAUAAGUAGAUGCGAUUUGGAUACCACACAGUGCCUUUUAUGUAAAUCUCUGCGAUGUUUGAUAAGCACAGACAAUUAUUCCCAUCUGUUUCUUUUCCAUUCUUCUUUCUAUCAACCAAAUAGAGCAUUCGACAAACUUUAAACUGAAUCAGAAUUACUGAUUGCUGCUCAGUCCAUCCUGGUUCAUCCAAUGUUGUUUUUUUAAUCUACAACUAAAAAAAUAAAAUAA